GCUGGGGGCGGAGCUCGCCAAUAACCUCGGCACAAGCGCUGCCGCGAGCGCGCGAGCUCCCCCGCGACCCUCACUCCGCGGCCGUGACAGGCCCUCCAGCCGGCCCGCCCCCCGCCCCGCCCCUCGCGCCAACCGACACGCCUCCCUCCUCACGCGGCCCUGCCCCUGCGCGCCCCUCCGGUCCCGCCUCCGGGAGCCGAGCGGAGCCGAGCGGCGGGUCGGGCGGGACGAGCGAGCACAGUCCGGCUGAGCGGCCGAGAGCUCCGGGCCCGAGCAGGACCCGCGGCGCCGAGCAGCCGAGCCGAGCGGGCCCGAGCGCAGCCGGGUGGAGCCGAGCGGAGCCGAGCGGGGCGCAGCGCAGGGGCGGCCGCCAUGAAACGGGACCGGCUCGGCCGCUUCCUGUCGCCUGGGGCGGCGGGGCCGCGCAGGGGCUCGGGCGGCAGCUGCGGCGGCGGCCGGACCCGGGGCCGCCCCUCCCGCGGCAGGCCGAGCGGGGACGAGGCGCCCGUGGUGGCCGCCCGGCUGGGCUGGGGGCCGGCGCGGGCCUGCGGGGACGCGGGCGAAGACGGCGCCGACGAGGCAGAAUCAAUGAAAAAUAUUUCAUCAGGAACAGGCCGGGCUCUUGCCAUGGGGCACUGCCGCCUCUGCCACGGGAAGUUCUCUGCAAGGAGCCUCCGCAGCAUCUCCGCCCAGGCACCUGGGCAGAUCUCAGAGAGACCACCCCCAGGGGAGCGCGUGUUCGUCAGGGACUUCCAGCACCUGCUGGGGGUGGCCGUCCACCAGGACCCAGCUUUGUCUCAGUUUGUCUGCAAGAACUGCCACGCCCAGUUCUACCAGUGCCACGGCCUCCUCCAGUCCUUCCUGCAGAGAGUCAACGUGUCCCCGAUGGGCCCCCGGAAGCCCUGCACACAGGUGGGUGCCCAGCCCCCAACAGAGGCCGAGGAGGGAGCGUGUCUGGUGGACCUGAUCACGUCAAGCCCGGAAGGUCUGCGUGGCCUGGUGGGGUGGGUGCAUGGACACGCGGCCAGCUGCGGGGCCCUGCCCAGCCUCCAGAGGACGCUGUCCUCCGAGUACUGCGGUGUCAUCCAGGCCGUGUGGGGCUGCGACCAAGGCCACGACUACACCAUGGACGCCGACCCCAGCUGCGGGGCUCUCCUGCUGGACAGUGCAUUGUCGGUCAAGUGGACGUGGGACAAGGAGACAGCCCCCCGGCUCACCCAGCAUCGGAGGUCCAACCCCACUGGGGCUACCCCUCCGCGCUCCCAGGGCGGAGCGACCACAGCCUGGGCUGAGACGGAGACGCUGUCCAACACGGACGUGGUCCAGCCCCCUUCCGAUGGCAGCCCUGUGGGGCCUGGGCCGAGCCCCCUGCCUCAGUCAAGCCUGCCCCCAAGUGGGGCCCCAGGGCAGUUGGGUGAGAAGCAGCUUCCAUCUUCAACCUCGGAUGAUCGGGUAAAAGACGAGUUCAGUGACCUUUCUGAGGGGGACUUCCUGAGUGAAGACGACAAUGACAAGAAGCAGAACACCCAGUCCUCAGAUGAGUCCUUUGAGCCUUACCCAGAAAAGAAAGUCUCUGGUAAAAAGAAUGGGAGCAAAGAGGUCAAGAAGCCUGAAGAACCAAAAAUCCGAAAGAAGCCUGGCCCGAAGCCGGGCUGGAAGAACAAGCUGCGCUGUGAGAGGGAGGAGCUGCCCACCAUCUACAAGUGCCCAUAUCAAGGCUGCACAGCUGUGUACCGAGGGGCUGAUGGCAUGAAGAAGCACAUAAAGGAGCACCAUGAGGAAGUCCGCGAGAGGCCCUGUCCCCACCCUGGCUGCAACAAGGUGUUCAUGAUUGACCGCUACCUACAGCGGCAUGUGAAGCUCAUCCACACAGAGGUGCGGAACUACAUCUGUGAUGAGUGUGGACAGACCUUCAAGCAGCGGAAACACCUCCUUGUCCACCAGAUGCGGCACUCGGGAGCCAAGCCUCUGCAGUGUGAAGUCUGUGGGUUCCAGUGCCGGCAGCGGGCAUCCCUCAAGUACCACAUGACCAAACAUAAGGCUGAGACUGAGCUGGACUUUGCCUGUGACCAGUGUGGCCGGCGGUUCGAGAAGGCUCACAAUCUUAACGUGCACAUGUCCAUGGUCCACCCUCUGACGCAGACCCAGGACAAGGCCCUGCCCCCGGAGCCAUCGCCCAGGACCACAGAGGGCCAGGCUGUGAAGCCUGAGCCCACCUGAGGGUGCUCAGCACCUGAACUCAGCAGGUGGUAGGUGGGGUGGAAGGACGCCUUUAUAGUUCCUCCCAUGAGACCUGAAGGCACAGCUUGGCUCGCUCGGAGAGACCCCAUGCUGGACCUCACCCCUGUGCUGGAAGGUGGGGGGGCAGUGCAAGGCCGAGGUAGCCUUUCUGCAUCCAUUCUGGGACCAGCAGUUUAUUUUCCUAUGAACAUGGACUUGGGGCCAGACACAAAUUUUGAAGAGUCCUGUUCCUCACGCAAGCAGCCACGGAGGUUUGUAAUCCACUUUUUCGUGCAACAAGAGCUCCACGUCAUGCUCGUAAUAAAUUAUUUACAAAGGA